AUGAGUCGCAUUUUGCAAAAACAUGCCACCAGAAUCGACACUGCCGGAAUAGAACUAGCUGACAAUUUUUAUCGAAGUGUUGAGAAUAUUAGGCCAAAUCCAAUGGCAGCAAAAGCAAAUACUGACCUCAUUCUCCGCCGGGAUCAAGAUGCCCUCGACCUCCAAAAGCAGAUUGUCAAGUUCCGCAACGAAGUUGUCGAUCAUAUCCAGUCUCAGAUUUCCAAAGUGAGCGAAUCGUUUCCGAACAUUGCAAAGACAUAUGAAAUGCCCUUUCGAUUUCGUUGCGACGUUUUGGAAUGCCGCAUUGUCGGUAUUCGCAUCGCAGACUCCUUGCAGAUGGCUGGGCAUCUCCUCGACCUACGCGAUCCGUCUUUUGGCGUUCAGAGACAAGGAAUGACCAUGUUGGAAUACGCCUACAAAGAGUCAGUGGCCUAUGCUGACCGCUACGAAGAAAUCCUGAAGAACGGCCGCAUUCAACUCAGUCCUUUGAUCGACGCUGAGCUGCGCCUGCACCAAAUCCGGGUUGGCCUCUUUGCCAUAGCUACAAGAUGUAGACUGGAUGUUUUGGGUGGUUCAGUCCGAAGUGAUCCGACCUCGAUCGAAGAUUCGGCCACCCUCAAGAACAAGUUGAGCAAAGUCAUGGACAUCUGCGAGCGUUACCCGGACACGCACAAGCUCUUACUAGAGACUGCCACCGACUUCAUGCAGGCACUAGAGCGCCCAGCGCUCCUGGCAGACACCUUGAACGUCCCAAAGAUCAAGUACCGUGGUGUCCGAGAAAUUGAGAAGCUGUGGGGUAACUAUGAGGUUGGCUCGCCAAAGGUUUGCGGCAAAGGACAUGUGUACUCGGCAAGAACGUUCCCAAAGGGCUGCCCUGAAUGUGGAAGCAUGAGCAAGACGAACAAGGAGAUCUAUCAAGAGACGUCCAAGCAUCUCUUUGAGGAUCAAUUUUUGAAGGCAAUGCGAGCGAGGACGGCGCAGGCUGUGCCCGCGACUCCUCCCAAGGUUGAAAAGGCGUUGUCCAACGAGGAAAAGUUCUUGGCGGCCAUGAGACAAAUUGGCAAGAAAUGA